AUGUCCGCCUACGGCCAGCAGCCGCGGGAGCGCAGUGCGCCCCUCGCGCCGAUCCUCUACACGUUGGCGGAGCCCGCGGAGAAGGAUGGCAAGACGUACACACACAUGAUCUGUGUGCAUGUGCCCGACGGCAAGGUCCCUCCCGCGCUGGAAGAGGCGCUGCGCGCCAACUUUAACGAGACGAUCGAGCAGGGCGAUACCUACCCGUUUGAGCGCACGAUGGACCGCGACGCGUUUGAGGGCUACUUUUUCGCGUACGACGUCGUAGUCGGCAUCCUGGUAGAGCCCAAGGUCGCGUGCGAGGACGGUUCCGAGGUCGCGCUGGCCGACGUGCUGGACGCGUCGCGCUCCGCCUCGCUGUACGACCUCUUGAGCACGAUCGCAUGGCCCGCGCAGCUCGGUGGCUACUACUAUGUGAAGCCAAACUAUCCCGGGCGCUCGUCGCACAUCUGCAACGCGGGUUUCGUGGUGCCGACUGCGUCGCGCGGCCUGCGCCUCGGCUCGGUGCUGGGCCGGAGCUAUCUGCGCGUGGCGCCCGCGCUGGGCUACCUCGCGAGCGUCUUUAACCUCGUGUACGAGACGAACCGGGCGAGUGCCAAGAUCUGGGAGCGCCUCGGCUUCGAGGUCGUGGGCCGUGUCCCCAAGGCGGGCCUGCUGCGCCUGCCGAAUGUUGACGGGAGCGGCUUCCACGACGCGUAUGUCGACGCGCUGAUCAUCUACAAAGCCUUUGCGGCACACGCGGAGCCCAAGGAGUAA